ACCGUUUCCAUGCUGCUCUGUUGUCACCAUGUACUUGCAUCCCACAUUUGCGAUGGACACUUGCCCUAAGGUAUGAUGUGUUCUGUGAAUGUGUUAUAAUGCGUUAUAUAUGUUCUGCGAAACCCGUGUUGUGCAUCAAUACAUGCAGUGUUUGGUGGCAUCUGUUGAUCCGUGUCCAGGGAUAACAUCCGGUUGGAACACUGCUGCUGACGCUGCAGCCUGGGCAAGUCUAUACUAAGUGAUAGUAAUUUACUUACGUUACUCUAAGGAGACAAUUUGGGCCUUUAGCACCCAGAGGUUUCUGCAGAGCAAAACAAUCAUGAGGGCAAUCACGAGCGCAUUAGCUGUCGCACUCGUCGCCAUCGCACCCAUUGUUGUAGACGCGGGGUUCGGUGCAAUAGCCAAAAUUGCUGCAAAAGUGCCGUCGCAAGCUGUGAGGAUAGGAACCGGAGUCAUAGAACGCGUGCCCGACAUGGUUAGUAUAGGGAUGGAUUUGGCGGCACAGAAAGGGCAGACAAGUGGAAGCAAUACAAACAGAUUGAAUGGAGAAUCGGGUGGCAGCAACGAGAAAGACUGUGGAGAGUGCAGCUGCAACCUCAAUUGGCAAAAGAAAGAGCUAGGACAGCAAGAGUGCAAAAUAGAGGCCGAGUUUGAGUGCACGUGCAACGCCAAUCGGUGCAGGAGAACGCACGUUGCGCACUGCAUUGCUGAUUUAGCUUCCUAGGAGUAAAGUAUGCGUCCAGCACAAAUUUCUCUUACUGUCUGCUCAAUAAAUAUAUACC